CUGCAGUGGUAGAACCUCGCGAACCGGGCGUACUACUUCUCAACCUUAAGCAUACUUUAUUCUCUUAUGAUUUUUCAAACCAGAAGAAGUUUUUUUUUCUUCUUUAAGUCUUUUAGAAAGAUUCUUGUUAUUGCUUCGACUCAUAUUCCGCAAAAAGUGGAUCCCGCUCUAAUAGCCCCGAAUCAAUUAAAUACAUGCAUUAAGAUACGAAGGCUUCGUAUUCCACAACAACGAAAGCACUUUUUGACUCUUUCAUAUACUAGGGGAUUUCACUUGGAAAAGAAAAUGUUCCAUACUAAUGGAUUCGGGUCCAUAACCAUUGGUUCCAAUGUACGAGAUCUUGUAGCACUUAUCAAUGAGGCCCUAUCGAUUAGUAUUACACAGAAGAAAUCCAUUCUAGACACUAAUACAAUUCGAUCCGCUCUUCAUAGACAAACUUGGGAUUUGCGAUCCCAGGUAAGAUCGGUUCAGGAUCAUGGGAUCCUUUUCUAUCAGAUAGGAAGGGCUGUUGCACAAAAUGUACUUCUAAGUAAUUGCCCUAUAGAUCCUAUAUCUAUCUAUAUGAAGAAGAAAUCAUGUAACGAAGGGGAUUCUUAUUUGUACAAAUGGUACUUCGAACUUGGAACGAGCAUGAAGAAAUUAACGAUACUUCUUUAUCUUUUGAGUUGUUCUGCCGGAUCGGUCGCUCAAGAUCUUUGGUCUCUACCCGGACCCGAUGAAAAAAAUGGGAUCACUUCUUAUGGACUCGUUGAGAAUGAUUCUUAUCUAGUUCAUGGCCUAUUAGAAGUAGAAGGCGCUCUGGUGGGAUCCUCACGGACAGAAAAAGAUUGCAGUCAGAAUGAUCGAGUGACGUUGUUUCUUCGGUCCGAACUAAGGGAUCCUUUAGAUAUGAUGCAAAAUGGAUCUUGUUCUAUCCUUGAUCAUAGAUUUCUCUAUGAAAAAUACGAAUCGGAAUUGGAAGAAGGGGAAGGAGCCCUCGAUCCGCAACAGAUAGAGGAGGAUUUAUUCAAUCACAUAGUUUGGGCUCCUAGAAUAUGGAACCCCUGGGGCUUUCUAUUUGAUUGUAUCGAAAGGCCCAAUGAAUUGGGAUUUCGCUAUUGGGCCGGGUCAUUUCGGGGCAAGCGGAUCAUUUAUGAUAAAGAGGAUGAGCUUCAAGAGAAUGAGUCGGAGUUCUUGCAGAGUGGAACCAUGCAGUACCAGACACGAGAUAGAUUUUCCAAAGAACAGGGAUUUUUUCGAAUAAGCCAAUUCAUUUGGGACCCCUAA